CUCUGCGCCUUUAGCCCCAGGUGUCUGAGAGGAGAAAGAUGCAUCGACUCCGCUUACGGGCCUUCACGGGGAUUUCUGCCUUUGCCGCCUGUUCGUCCUCUGCCUGCUUUCGCCAAUCACCUCCGCUGCCCCGGACCGGGAAGUCGGCCUCGCAGAGGCGUUGGAGUAAAAAGCCAUCCUGCUCUUCUAUCGGCUGAUUGUCGCUGAUUCCCGGGCGGGGGGGAGCAGAGAGACCGAGACCCAGAGAGGGGCCGCGGGAGGCGAGCCCAGCGCCGCUGCGACCAUGCCCAAGCCUAAGAAGCGGGGGAGCAACCACCAGCGCGGAACCGGUGGUCAGCCCAGAAAUGUGCAGCCUUUUAGUGAUGAAGAUGCUUCAAUUGAAACUAUGAGCCACUGCAGUGGCUUCAGUGAUCCUGCUAGCUUCACUGAGGAUGGGCCUGAAGUUGAUGAAGAAGCUACUCAAGAAGACUUAGAAUACAAAUUGAAGGGAUUUAUUGAUCUUACGUUGGACAAGAGUGCAAAAACACGACAGGCAGCUCUUGAAAGUCUGAAAAAUGCUUUUUCUUCUAAAAUUCUGUAUGAGUUUAUCAUGGAAAGAAGAAUGACACUAACGGAUAGCAUUGAACGCUGCAUAAAGAAAGGUAAGAGCGACGAACAGUGUGCAGCUGCUGGACUGGCAUGUCUUCUGUGUGUGCAGAUGGGGUCAGGAAUUGAAAGUGAAGAGAUUUUUAAGAUCCUUGGUCCAGUUCUGAAGAAGAUUAUCUGUGAUGGAACAGCCAGUAUCCAAGCCAGACAGGCUUGCGCAACCUGCUUAGGGAUUUGCUGUUUCAUUGUCACUGAUGACAUUACGGAACUGUACUCUACUAUGGAAUGCCUGGAAAACAUCUUCACAAAGGCCUAUCAGAGAGAUAGAGAUACUAAUGGUAUAUCAAGUACCCAUAAUACUGUGCUUCACAUCAGCGCUCUCUUAGCAUGGACAUUGUUGUUGACCAUUUGUCCAAUGAAUGAAGUGAAGAAGAAAAUCGAAAUGCACUUGCAUAAACUUCCGAGUCUGCUGUCUUGUGAUGAUCUCAGCAUGAGGAUAGCUGCUGGAGAAACACUAGCACUUCUGUUUGAACUGGCACGUGAAACAGAUGCUGAUUUCUUUUAUGAAGAUAUGGAGCUUUUAACAGAGAAACUACGAGCACUGGCCACUGAUGGAAACAAGCACCGAGCCAAAGUAGAUAAAAGAAAGCAGCGAUCUGUUUUCAGAGAUGUUCUGCGAGCUGUUGAGGAGCGUGACUUUCCUACAGAGAUGGUCAAGUUUGGACCUGAGCGCAUGUAUAUUGACUGCUGGGUUAAAAAACAGACUUACGAUACAUUCAAAGAGAUUCUGGGGUCGGGGAUGCAAUAUCACUUGCAGUCAAAUGACUUUCUUCGGAAUGUCUUUGAGCUUGGUCCACCAGUAAUGCUAGAUGCUGCAACUCUCAAAACAAUGAAGAUCUCUCGUUUUGAAAGGCACUUGUACAACUCUGCAGCAUUCAAGGCUCGGACAAAGGCUAGAAGCAAAUGCCGUGAUAAAAGGGCAGAUGUGGGGGAAUUUUUCUAGAUCUUUUUCAUGGGGUUCAGUUUUCAAAAUAGAUUUGUAACCUUUAAAUGAUGAAGCCUGUAAAUAUAAUGCAUGUUGCUGUUUAGUUGCAUAUAGAUUGUAUAUAGAUAAUGUAAGGUUUAGUGCAGGGAUACAUUAUAACACUUGCAAUAGAUACAACUUGCUCCAAAGGUGGAUAUAUUUAUUGUAACUGAACUGUUAAAUGGAGUGGGUAACUGUAGUCAAAUGCUGUGUGUCAGACUGGAUUCCUUACUUCAGUGUAAAGAUAAAAGUCAAUUAAUUCAUUGACCCAGUGUUUUGGUAAGAAAGUGUUAAUAUGAAAACACACUUGUUUGUGUGAAGUUAUUUUAAUAACUUUUAAUACUCUUCAGUGGCAGAUAGACAACUUUUUAUACAGUACAACUUUAUUCUGAAGGGGACUAUGAAAUUAACUUCCCUUUAUUUACAGUGAAAUAAUGAAUGCCACUCACCUCAAGGUAAAAUACAAAUAAUGUUCUCAUGUUCUGAAAUUGGAUGCUUAAUUUCUGGAAUAAAGGUGUUUUUCACUGCUCA